UGUACAUGUAGUUAGUAAGAAUGAGUACAAUAUACCCUGCGUUGUUUAUGAUUCUGUUGAGUUUUUCGACGGCUCGGCAAGAAGAUCUUCACUAUAUCGGGGUAGGAUAUAACUUACUGACCGGAAAUCCUGAUGGGAGCUUGGUUUCCAACGGAGGAGUCGAUCCAGGCCUACUGUACACCAGGAAAAUCUUUGAGGUUACCGAACAUGACUCACCAAAAAGAGUACAAAUCGAACACCGCCAUAGUUGUGCUAAUAAGAACACAACUUCUAUGUACUAUGGAACCAAAUCGUACCAAGACAAACUAAAACUUGGUGUAAAAACUUCAGGUGGCGCAAGUGUAGGGUUAGCCUCGUUUUCAUUCACCUUAAGUGGAAGAUACCAACAAGCUCAUAAUAAAACAAAUUUAGAACACAAUAUAAUUCAGGAUCAGCAAAAUCUAUGUAAUCUUGGUCGAGUGCGUUACAUGACUGAAUUAGCCCAUGCAGGCAAAUUUCCCAUUACCCAAAGCUUUGCUGCAGCUAUUUGUUCACUUCCGGUGACAUACAACCAAUCGACUUACAUGAACUUUUUAGAUCAAUGGGGGACGCACAUAACGAUUGAAGUUGAGCUUGGCAAAAAACAAAUUAGCCGCUCGCAAAGUUCCUUCAAACAAUUUGUGGAGCAAGUGAGGAAGUCUGGAGACUUUGACUUAGAUGUCGGAGGAUCGUAUCUCGGAUUUUCCGCAUCUCUAGGAAUCAAUUUUGAUACAUUCAAACAAAGUAGCAGUUUUAAUCAGAACUAUGGAACCUAUCAGUACACUCUGCAGUCCGGCUCUGAAACCCUCCCGGAACCGAUUAGUCUGAAACUACAGACCAUUGAUGAAGCCCUGCAACCCGUAUUCUGGCAGAGAUUUGAUGAUUUAAUCGCCGCAGGUAUUUGCUCAGCUGAUGACCAAAUACGACUACAAUUAAGAAGAUCACAUUUAAUCCGAUCUUUGGAGGAUUAUGCAGCAUACAAAAUGGCACCUACUCCUACUGACCCUAAACUGAUUAUCCCAGUCACGUGGCCGAAAGGUACAUACGGAUUAAUGAUGACGACUUCCAGGUGUCCUUCCGAACACUCCUUUUCCUGGCACACUGGUUACGUCAUACAAGACACGGAAGACUUUCAUAACCAUAAUUCCUGGUCUUCAGAUAUUCAUGUAUCUGGUGAAAAGGAUGACAAAAGAAUUGCACAAGUCUUCUGCAUAAAAGGAAGCACGCAGGUCUCCGAAUUUGACAUGAACUGGCCAAAAGGAGAUUACUGUAUCCUAAAAUAUGGCAGUUGCCCAGAUGGCUUUUCCUAUGGAUCCAUAGGAUGGGAUGACGAAGACCCUGGAGAUAGAAAUCAACAACAUGGAACUCUACCUGAUGGAAGGUUUGACAGCAAUACCAAGAUUGACUACUGCUGCAGGAGUGACGGGCUUCCAACAGAAGAAAUUGUUUUGCCAAAAGACAAACCAUUUAUAUUGCUACGUCAUAAGCGUGGGUGUCAAGAGGUCGUGGGGAUGAAUGUAAGAGAGGAAACCAUUUCGUGGGAUACAGAAGAUGUACACAACCAAGACAUUCGAUCCGGUGACCACCCUUAUGAGGAUGGCGGUGAAAAUAUAAGACUGCAUUUCUGUUACUAUUCUCCCAAAACUUCUGUGACAUCCGUGGUGGGCUAAUGU